AUUUUUUUCUAUAGUUGUAUGGUAUACACAAAAGGGGACAAAUAAAAUAAAAUAGAGAAGGCUUUGGGCGGAGUCUUGCAAAAGUUAUGGUCCGUUGAAAGGUUAUCCAUCCAUUCGUAGAAGGUUGCAUUACACAGAUAACAGAUCAAAAUUACGAUUUCCCUUUAGCGAGGCCGAGAUCAGUCGAAAUUCCGUAUUUGGCCGUUUUGACAGUUGGGAGGAGGCGUUUAUUUCGGAAUUAAAGACAGCUCCGAGUAACUCGAGGAAAAUGCCAGUCGGUGUCGGUGGAAGUUACCAUCACGGCCCUAGUUGCUGGGACAGGAUCAGGAUGGGCUUCGUUAUCGGUUUCUGCGUCGGGAUGGCCUCCGGUGCCCUGUUCGGCGGGUUUGGAGCCCUCAGAUAUGGUUUAAGAGGACGGGAGCUUGUUAACAAUGUUGGAAAGACAAUGCUUCAGGGAGGAGGGACAUUUGGCACAUUCAUGGCCAUUGGAAGCGGAAUUAGAUGUUGAUUGCUUUAUGAGGAAGAAAAUGCUGGGUGAAAGACAAAUUUUCGAAAUGAGAAGCAUAGAAAGCAAAAAAAAAAAAAAAAAUAGAAAAGUUCUUUAGAUUAAA